UGUUCUUCCAAAUCCUAUCCCACUCCUAUAUAUAUCGACUCACCCACCUUUCUUCCACACCAAUCAAUCACAUCACACCAUGGACAUGAAAGCUUCACUUCUCACCCCAUUCUCUCUCCUCUUCCUCUUCUUCCUCCUCCUCUCCUUCUCCCCCAAACCCUCCAAUGCAUCGUCCCCGGUCCUCGACAUUGACGGCCACAAGCUCCAGACUGGAGUCAGCUACUACAUCCUCCCGGUCGUCCGGGGCCGAGGCGGCGGCCUCACGCUAGGCGCCUCGAGGAGCGGCACCUGUCCGCUCGCGGUCGUCCAGGAACAGCACGAGGUCUCCAACGGCCUCCCCGUCAGAUUCUCCCCUGCGGACGCCGGCGCCAUCCGCCUCUUGACCGAUCUCAACAUCUGGUUCGAGGCGGCGACGAUCUGUGUGCAGUCCACGGCGUGGAGGCUCGCCCCUUACAACGGGAUAUCGAAGCAGUACUUCGUCAUGAGCGGCGGGGUCCUGGGGAACCCGGGACGUGAGACCGUAAGCAACUGGUUCAAGAUCGAGAAGAUGGACAAGGAUUACAAGCUCGUGUUUUGUCCCGCGGUGUGCGACACUUGCAAGGUGAUAUGUAGGGACGUCGGGGUUUAUUUGGAAGGCGUGACGCGGCGUUUGGCAUUGAGCGACGAGCCGUUUAGGGUCCAGUUCAAGAAGGCAUGAAGCGCGUGUGUUGUGACGAAAGUGCAUGCAGAUUAUGCGAGGCAUAUUUCAGGCAACACGCAAGGGAAGGGAAUUUUAAAUGCCAAAUAAAUCCGUACUGGAAUUUAUCUUACGUAAAUCUGAUCUUUGUAAUGGUAUUAUAAAUGUGUAAUAAGAAGCCCGUGAGCUGAAAA